GGUGACGUCACAGAGUGUCAUGGCGGCGAGCAGUGCAGCUGUGUCAGUGUUGACUCCCAAUGGAAGAAGACAAACAGUGAAAGUGUCUCCAAACACACCGCUGCUGCAGGUACUGGAAGAUGUGUGUAAGAAACACGGCUUUAAUCCAGAUGAACUUGGACUCAAGUUUCAAAGGAACGUUCUGGAUCUGACUCUACAGUGGAGGUUUGCCAGUCUGCCAAAUAAUGCCAAACUGGAGGUCGUGCCACGCUCGCGGCCGCAGACAGCAGCAGACAGUAUGGUUCGGAUCGCUCUGCAGUUGGGCGAUGGGUCUCGUCUUCAGGGCUCUUUCUGCAGUGGACAGACUUUAUGGGAUCUACUGACACACUUUCCCCAAACCAGGAUGUCUGAGCUUGAGGUGUCGGGACUCACACCAGUGUGUGUUUACAUGAGAGAUGAGAUCAGUGGUGAGGAUGCGCUGAAGAAAACCACUCUAAAGUCUUUGGGUCUCACCGGAGGAAGUGCCAUCAUACGAUAUGUGCAAAAAGGCAGCAGCAUCUCGGAUUCAGGUGAGUCCGUGGAUGCGGUCGCUACGCCAACGGAGUCUGUUGCCAAAGCAACCGUCUCAACGCUUGCUCCACCGGAACCAUCAACUGCUGUCAAAACCGCCCUUCCUGAUCAGCGAGAGGAGACCGCACCUGCUCCUGUUGCCACGGAAACCCCAUCUCCACCCUCUGUGGUCACUGUGAACCAGUCAUAUCCUGUCAAACAGGAAGAGGAGGAGCCUAACAAAGGCCAAGAGCAGGCAGUGCGGCCCAAAAUCAGAGAUCAGGAACAACAGUCCAAAGUAAUGCCACAAAAUGACGAAGAGCAACCCGGGACGUCCCAGCAGUGCCACAGCCCCGCCCACUCAGCCACGGCCAUUAGCUUUGUGCCAUUUUCAGGAAGUGGUCAGCGUCUGGGGGGACCGGCAGCGACUGGACUGAAGACCUCCACAUCGUGGACUUCAUCUGUGACCAGCAGCCCACCCAAAGCCAAAAAACCCAAACCGAGCCAUGAAGUCAAAAGAUCAAUGAAUGCCAAACCAGCUGUUACAGAUGAGGAGAAUACAGAGGAAUGUCUGGAGCCGGUUGACAGGGAGCCGCUGGUCUUCCAUCUGGACUCCGGAGCUCGUCACCAUGACGACGGAGAACUCCCUGACGAGUUUUUUGAGGUCACCGUGGACGACAUCAGGAAGAGAUUCGCUCAGUUGAAGAGUGAGAGGAGAGCGCUCGAGGAAGCUCCUCUCAUGACUAAAUCUCUCAGAGAGGCUCAGAUGAAGGAGAAGUUGGACAGGUAUCCAAAGGUGGCGCUGAGAGUCCAGUUUCCAGACCGGCAGGUUCUGCAGGGGUUCUUCAGACCUCUAGAAACAGUUGGUGCUCUGAGACAAUUCAUCAGUUCUCACCUUCAAGUCCCAGAACUGCAGUUUUACCUGUUUGUUGCUCCACCUAAAACCAUCCUGGAUGAGCCGAGUGCCACACUAUAUCAGGCGAAUCUCUUCCCGGCUGCUGUCGUGUACUUCGGCUCAGAUGUGAGGACAGAUUGUUAUUUGCGCAGUGAUCUGUUGGGUGACGGUGUCUCCGCCCUACAGGCAGAUAAGCUCAUUGCAGGCUGUAUGCCGUGCUCUCCUCCUCCACUCUCAUCAUCAGUGCCGUCUCAGGACGUUCUCGCGGCCACAGGUGAAUCGUCAGGUUCCUCCGGACAGCAGGGGGUGACAGAGGACGCCUCUGACUCUCAAACUUCAGCACCCAAACCCAUGAGAACUGACCCCGGAAAAGUGCCCAAGUGGCUCAAGCUCCCAGGUAAGAAGUAACACCGCAGCAGCUCUGGAGAGGAUCUUAACAAGCAAGAAGAAAAGCAGAUUUCUCUCGCUGAUGCCCCGUGAUGACACGUCUGCCACUGCACAUGUAGUUUUAGAGUUCAUAAUUCAUGACAUUAUUCCUCGAUUAAAGCCUCUUAUUCAAUUGCCAA